UUUUCUUUAACUAAUCAACUAAAUAAAUACUAAUUUGUUUUCGAGGUUUCCUUCUCUAGUGUGUAACUCUGCAUGUGCUAUGCCAUCACACAAACUACUUUAAAGCACUACAAUCCACACCGUCCAUUUCUUUACAAAUCCAUCAUGUCUUUUUUUCAAGUUUCCCAUAUAAAUUCUACUCAUCGCUCUCUCAAAAUUCUCCCUCCUUCUCUCUCCAACACAAAAUUCUCCUACUCCUUUUCUUUAUUAUUUAAAUAAACAUUUAUUGCUCAUCACAAUGGGGGAAGAAGCUAAAGUAGAGGAGGAGAGGAAGCCUGAGGAGAAGAAGGAAGAGCCAAAAGCAGAAGAGAAAAAGGAAGAAGAAAAGCCAGAGCCGGCGAUGCCAUUUGUGUUGUUUGUGGAUUUGCAUUGUGUGGGAUGUGCCAAGAAGAUUGAGCGCUCUAUACUCAAGAUUAGAGGAGUGGAGGGAGUGGCAAUGGACAUGGCGAAGAAUGAGGUGACGAUAAAAGGGGUGAUUGAGCCUCAAGCAGUGUGCAGCAGAAUCAUGAAGAAAACCAAGAGAAGAGCUAAAGUUUUAUCACCAUUGCCUCAAGCUGAAGGUGAACCCAUGCCGGAAAUUGUUGCUUCUCAGGUUAGUGGAUUGGCUACGAUAGAACUCAAUGUCAACAUGCAUUGCGAGGCUUGUGCCCAACAACUCAAGAAGAAGAUACUCAAAAUGAAAGGAGUUAGAACGGCGGAGACUGAGCUGAGCUCCGGCAAAGUGACGGUAACGGGCACCAUGGACGCCGGCCGGCUCGUCGACUACGUGUACCGGAGGACUAAAAAGCAAGCCAAGGUGGUGCCGCAGCCGGAUCCAGAGCCGGAGAAGCCGGCAGAGGAGGGUCCGAAGCCCGAGGAGAAGAAGGAAGAAAAGCCGGCCGAGGGGGAAGAAGCUAAGCCGGCGGAGGAGGAGAAGAAAGAGGAGGGCGACAAAAAGGAUCCGGCGCCGGAAGAGGGCGGCGGUGAGGCAGAGGAGGAGGAGAGGGGCAUGGAGGAGCAAGGGAUGUACAAAAUGAUGUAUCAUUAUCAGCCAAUGUAUGUGGUUGAAAGAAUGCCGCCGGCGCCGCAGCUUUUCUCCGACGAAAAUCCUAAUGCGUGUUUUAUUAUGUGAUGAAAAAGCCUUCUUUUUAUUGGAAUCUUUAUUAUGAUUUCUGUAUGAGUAUCUUAUUUGCGUUUUAGUUAUAAUAAGAUAUUACUGCAGAAUUUUCUAUCUUAA